GGUUGAAGGUCUGGAUUUGGCUGUAAGACAUAAACUCUGAAGCAAUAGACGCGCACACGCCGUCCAUGGAGAAAGCAGUCCACAUGAUAUGUACAGGACAAUGUUACAGUGGGCCUCUCCUACACCUCCCACAUCUCCCACAUUUCCCACAUUGCCCACACCACACGCAUUUCUCAAUACCUCAUGCAUUUCCCACAUGUCCCACAUGUCCCACAUUUCCCACAUCUCCCACAUUUUCCCAUAUUUUCCACAUUUCCCACCUCACAUGCAUUUCCCACCUCAUAUGCAUUUCCCACCUCACAUGCAUUUCCCACCUCACAUGCAUUUCCCACCUCACAUGCAUUUCCCACCUCACAUGCAUUUCCCACCUCACAUGCAUUCCUACAUCUCGCGCAUUCCCCUCGUCUCACGCAUGUCCUACAUCGCACGCACGUCCUACAUCUCGCAUAUCUCACACAUUGCACGCAUAUUCUACAUCUCCCACACUUUCACCUCUCCCAUCUCCAUCAGGAUUACGCGGAAAAGCCCGUUCCUUCACAUUACUGCAGCGCGUGGUCGUUUCGCUCGGCGUGCCGCCCGAAGGCAAAAGCGACUGGACUUGGCGCAACGAUCACAGCUCGCGCGAUCGCCGUGGCUGGAAACGCACGCCUUCUUGGCGCGGCGGCAUCCGGUGCAGGGUUUUGGGUUACGCAGACGGAGGUUAGCAGGCGUUGGUGUUGUUGGGGGCGAUGAGCGAAGUGGUGGUGUUGUGAACGGGGAAGCGAGGCGCAGUUGGGGUAGGUAGACGGCGGGAGUCGUUGUUGGAUCAGAAGCUGCAGUGUAUAUGUUGGUGUCGGUGGCGGUAGCGGUGGCGGUGGCGGUGGCAGAGGUGGAUUCUGAUGUUGGUGAGAGGGAGAGUGAGGUCGUCGAAGAUGGAGGGGAGGGCUGGAGGUGGGUGGAAGCGUGCAGUACGUCCAUGUAGCAACCGCGGAUAUAGGCGCGGAACUGCGGAACGACGACCAAUCAGCGUCACGUCAUGCUACUGUGUACGUUAUCGGCAGGUUGCGGGGUGCAUCUAUGUAGUAAAGCCAAGCAUCGGCACGUACCAU